UGACACCCGACAUUUUCUGGAUUUUACGAAUUGUAUUUCAUAAAAAUUCAAGACAACGUGGGAUUAAAAAGUUAUUCUUAUAUUUUUCUGUGAAAAAUUAAUAAAUCCAUAAUCAAAAUGCCUAAACCUGUUAAGUUACAUAGUAAAGGUAAACCGAAUAGUAUACAAAAAGCAAACAAAUCGGAUAAAGAUAAUAACGACAAUAAGGAUCCUGAGGAAGCUACAAGGGAGUUUCAAUUACAAUUAUGUUGGUGUAUACAACAGCUGGAGAGAUCGUUACGUGAGAAAAAAGGCAACGAGAAACAUUUACAAGAAGCAUGGAAAGUAUUGACAAUUCUAAAAAACAACAACCAACCUAUUAUCAGGAAAAGACAACUAAUGCGGACACAUUUCGGUGACUAUAGAGCUAAAAUGGCAGCUGAGGAAAAGAAAUUAAUAAAAAUGGCAAGUAAAUUCAAAAUAUCUGACAGCCCAGUAACACCAAAGGCUACAUUUUUGAGAAAGUCAGCAUUUCUUGCGACUGGUGAUGAAUCUUUUAGAUUUAAUUUUAAUAUACCUCCUGAAAAUAUAGAUAAUAGCAACACUACUGAUAAUUCUGGCAACAUUAAUAGUUCAGAAACAGACAAUCAAUUAUCACCUGAUGUUGCCAGUGUAGAAAAAAAUGAUGACAAAAAAGAAGUAAGUGUAAAAAGUGAACAGAAAAAUUUUAAGUUCACAUUUUCUUCAUCUAGUUUUAAGUUUAAUUUUCCAAUUGAAGAUUCCUAGAUAUAUUUCUUUUAAUUUAAGAUACAAUGAUUUUUU